AUGGUUCUCAAAGAUGAUAACUCGGAGAAAUCUGUGAAGCUCUUCCUAAGCAUUGGUUUGGAAGAGAAAACCGCGCGUAAUACCGUCAACAACCCUAAAGUCACCUCAAAUCUCACCGCCGUUAUCUACGAGGCUGGUGUCACCGAUGGUUGCGAUCGAACUACUGGAAAUCUCUUGUACUCGGUCGCUACUACGUACCCUGCAAAUGCUCUUGUGCAUCGUCCUGUAUUGCUCAAGUACAUUGUCUCCUCUAAGAUUAAAACUCCAGCCCAGUUGGAUGCUGCACUCUUGUUUUUUGCCAAUACCGGUUCUGAGGACUUCAAGCAAAAUGAAUUUGAAGAGGCAUGCGGUGUUGGGAUUGAAGUUUCCCCUGAGGAUAUUGAGAAAGCAGUUAAAGAUAUAUUUGAAGAGAAUAAGAAAAAAAUAUUGGAGCAGCGCUAUCGAACUAAUGUGGGUAUAUUAUUUGGACAAGUCCGGAAAAGUUUGCCAUGGGCAGAUCCUAAAAUUGUAAAGAAAGUCAUAGAUGAAAAAAUGUAUGAACUGCUUGGUGAGAGAACCGCUGCUGAUAAUGAAAAACCUACAAAGAAUAAGGAGAAAAAGGAGAAGCCUGCCAAAGUUGAGGAAAAGAAAGCUGCUGUGGAAGCUACCCCAGAGCCAUCUGAAGAGGAGCUUAAUCCAUAUUCUAUAUUCCCUCAGCCAGAGCAAAAUUUUAUGGUUCACACAGAAGUGUUUUUCAGUGACGGCUCCGUGCUCAGAUGUAGCAAUACAAAGGAAGUGCUUGACAAACAUCUCAAGGUGACUGGAGGGAAAGUAUAUACCCGGUUCCCUCCUGAGCCAAAUGGUUAUCUACAUAUUGGACAUGCCAAGGCUAUGUUUGUUGAUUUUGGUCUUGCAAAGGAGCGAGGUGGGUGCUGUUAUCUCAGGUAUGAUGAUACAAAUCCUGAGGCAGAGAAGAAAGAGUAUAUUGAUCACAUCGAAGAAAUUGUGAAAUGGAUGGGUUGGGAACCCUUCAAGAUUACAUACACUAGUGAUUAUUUCCAAGAAUUGUAUGACUUGGCAGUGGAGUUGAUUCGGAGGGGUCAUGCUUAUGUUGAUCAUCAGACUGCUGAGGAGAUAAAAGAGUACAGAGAGAAGAAAAUGAACAGCCCCUGGAGGGACAGACCUAUUGAAGAAUCUCUCAAACUUUUUGACGAAAUGAGACGAGGAAUGAUUGAGGAAGGGAAGGCAACACUUAGAAUGAAGCAAGAUAUGCAGAGUGAUAAUUUUAAUAUGUAUGACCUUAUUGCAUAUCGCAUAAAGUUCACACCUCAUCCUCAUGCUGGUGACAAAUGGUGUAUCUAUCCAAGCUAUGAUUAUGCCCACUGCACUGUUGAUUCUCUUGAGAAUAUAACACAUUCGCUCUGUACUCUGGAAUUUGAAACCCGGCGUGCUUCCUACUAUUGGUUAUUACAUUCCCUGGGUCUGUACAAGCCAUAUGUGUGGGAAUAUUCACGGUUGAAUGUCACAAACACUGUAAUGUCUAAGCGUAAGUUGAAUUUCAUUGUGACAAACAAGUAUGUUGAUGGUUGGGAUGAUCCACGUCUUUUGACACUAGCUGGUUUGAGGCGGAGGGGUGUAACUUCAACUGCAAUUAAUGCAUUUGUACGAGGAAUUGGAAUUACUAGAAGUGAUGGUAGCAUGAUACAUGUGAGUCGUCUUGAGCAUCAUAUUAGAGAGGAAUUGAAUAAAACGGCUCCUCGCACCAUGGUGGUGCUUAAUCCUCUUAAGGUGGUCAUCACCAAUUUGGAAUCAGACAAGGUUAUAGAGCUUGAGGCCAAAAGGUGGCCUGAUGCUCAGAACGAUGAUUCCACGGCAUUCUACAAGGUUCCGUUCUCUAGAGUUGUAUACAUUGAGCAAUCUGACUUCCGAAUGGAGGAUUCAAAAAAUUAUUAUGGGCUUGCCCCUGGUAAAUCAGUCUUGCUAAGAUACGGUUUCCCAAUCAAGUGCACCAAUGCUGUCUUUGGUGAUGACAAUGAAACCGUCCGCGAAAUUCAUGCAGAGUAUGACCUUGAGAAAAAGACAAAGCCAAAGGGGGUUCUACACUGGGUUGCUGAAUCUUCACCAGGAAAAGAGCCCAUAAAGGUUGAAGUCCGGUUAUUUGAGAAGCUCUUCAACUCCGAGAACCCGGCUGAACUCAAUGAUGAUUGGCUGACUGACCUUAACCCGAACUCCAAAGUUGUGGUUUCUGAUGCCUAUGCUGUAUCAAUCCUUAAAGAUGCUGCUGUCGGGGACAGAUUCCAGUUCGAGAGGCUAGGUUACUUUGCGGUGGACAAGGACUCUGUGCCAGGAAAGCUUGUUUUUAACCGGACGGUCACACUCAGAGACAGCUACGGGAAAGCUGGGAAGUAA